UCGAAGAGCAGAAGACAUCUUAAAGAAGAUGGCGGCGUCCUCUCGAGCCAGGUCAAACACUCCUGUUUUGGGUGUUACAAAUCGGUUCCAAAGGCCGAUCUCGCCGUCCGGCCGAUUCUGCUCAACCCCGGGGGCAUCUUCCUCAGCCAGAGGCUUUGCGAACUCUUCUUCGAGCUUCUCCGAUCGAUCAACGACUUUCUUCCCUCGCUCUGCCUCGCCAACCCGCGUGAACCUCACUGGAUCUCCUCCGCAGACACACUCUAUCCGCUUCUCCCUCGAUCGCCCCAGCUCCCCCGGCCGGUCCAUCUCCGUCGUCUCCAGACGCGAUCCUGUCGUCCGAACUUCGAUUUCCGCUUCCGGACACCGGAAAACCUGCAUGUGCUCGCCAACCACCCACCCCGGCUCCUUCCGAUGUAGCCUCCACAAAGGCCUGAGGCAAAAUCCGGCCGCAGCCGUCUCGUCUCCGUCGAAUCGGCUGAAUGCACGGCGAUCGGCCAUGACUAAUUCACUUGUACGGAUCGGAACUGUCGAGGGUGAUCUAGUCAAGAGAGCCCUGGCCGCUCUGAUUCGACCCUCGUCGCAUCGACAGCGGAGGAGAGCCGACUUCCAGCCGCGUCCUAGUCGGCUCUCCAAAAUGUCCAUUGCCGACGAUCAAUCAUGCCGAACGGAUUGUUGAUUUCGGCGCAGGUUUGUUUCGCUCCUAAGCCCUUCAGCCCUGUCCUGUUACCUCUUCAA